CGAAUAAAUCUUUAUGGUUGCCAAGUGGACGUCUGAGAACUUUGACAUUUCGCAAUUCCAAUUCAUUUCUCGGAAUUGGAUUUUUUUGAAAAAGGAUCUGGUAUAUUUGGUCCAUCUAAUAUAGAGCCAGUGGCCAGUGAAUUUGUGUAAAAAACCUAUAAAGUUUCGCUGCAGAGCCAUGGCUUCGCCACGCACCAGACGUAAACUCAAUUCAAUCCGUACGAUAGACGAUAAUCAUAAAUGCUUCGAGUGUGGCACCCUGAACCCGCAGUGGGUGUCAGUGACGUACGGCAUCUGGAUCUGCUUGGAAUGUUCCGGCGUUCACCGCAGCCUUGGUGUCCACUUGUCCUUCGUACGGUCUGUCACCAUGGACAAAUGGAAGGACAUAGAGCUCGAGAAAAUGAUGGCGGGCGGUAACGCGAAGGCGCGCGAGUUCCUGGAGUCGCAACCGGACUACCUGCCCGGGCUGAGCAUCCCGCAGAAAUACAACACAAAGGCGGCCGCCAUGUACCGGCAGAAGAUCAACGCGUUGGCCGAGGGCAAGCAGUGGAGCCCGUCCGACUACAAGCCGGAGUCGGUCGAGAAGUCGCAGGACUGGAGCCAGUCGCGCGAUUUCUACUCGUCGGGCGACAACGCGUUCCACUCCAGCGGCUCGGACAACAACAUCAGCUAUCACAGUGAGUACGGCAGCAGCCGCUACACGGGGUUCGGCAACACGCCGAAGCAGUCGCACUCAACACCCAUGUCGCCCAUACACAGCGGCAACGAGAUGGUCGACAACACGCUCGCCACCCUCGCCUCGGGCUGGUCGAUGUUUGCUUCCUCCGUGUCGAAGGCGGCGCGUACAGCGACAGAGAACGCGGUGCGCUACGGCGGCAUCGCCUCGCAAAAGGUCUCCGAGAUGGCAUCCACUGUCACUGAGAAGGUGAACAACCGCGGCGGUUGGAGUUCCCUCGGCGGCACCACGGACGUGCGCCGCGCCAGUAACUCGGGCAGCUACCAGUCGCAGAGCUACGGCGCCAUGAAGAGCUCCACCUCGGAGCCUUACUCGCAGUGGAACGAGCAGACGCAGCCGUGGAAGGAGUCGGUGGCGACGCGAAACAACCUGGACUCGCGCGACCUGUCGCAGGUGGGCGUGUCUAGCCCGCCGCCCGACAUCAAGAACAUCACUAUCAAGAAGAAUGACGACGACUCUUGGGACUGGCUCAAUAAUUAGAUAACUGGUGUACUUCAAUGUCCCAUUUUCCCAAGGCGUUUCCACUUUGCUGUGCUACUUCCGAUGCUGCUGUGGCGUUUUUGAAUCUAUCGCCGUAGUCCAUAUUUUGACAACUAUAUGUAUAAGUAUAUUGUAAUUUUACUGAACUCAUCUGUAUGUAUUAUGUAAAUAA